AUGAUGCGUUCAACUUUACUUCGGUGUUUGGCGCUGAUAUUGCUGGUUGCCUGCACGGUGGUAGUAGCACACGAUCACGGACACCAUGGACACGGACAUGACCACGGUCAUGGACACGCACAUGGAGAUGACAAACCUGCCAACAAGUACUCGAG